AUGGUUCACGGAAAGGUAGUCUCCUCAAAAAAAUUUCUUGCGCCUGCCAAAGAAUCUCUGCUGGAUUACACAGAGGAAGGAGAAAGUUCUUCAACAUCGCUUCCAAAAGACAUCGAUGAAAAAAGUAUUCUUUCAUCGGAACAUGAUUCAGAAUUUAGUCAGCCGCAAGAUGAACCCUUUGAGACAUCAGAUGAAAUGGAAACAGAUGUGAAUCCAUUGCCCAUUAGCGAUGUCGAGGAGAUUGAUAAGGUGAUCCUGGAUGGAAAGAUCGUGGUAAAAGUCGAUCGCCCUUGGAAAUGUAAUCACGAGGGGUGCGAUAAAGCAUUCAAGGUUAAAUCCAACUUAAAGAGGCAUCAGAUUUCACACACAGCAUUGGUAAAAACAUCCUUCCGAGAAUCCAGUCGGGAGAUUAGGCCCUUCAAUUGUCCGGUUCCCGGUUGUG